CGUGGACACCCAUCUUUCCUCAUUCACAUCAACAGAACUCCAUCUUCAAAGCUCGGGAACAACUUGGAUAGUCCUGUCCGGCGCCAAUCUGUUUCUUUAGUUCCGAAUUUCGCACUCGCAUUCUCAGACAAGAACACCUCUCGUUCCUGUUGCCGCUAUCACGGCAUUGAUAGAAACAAAAUUGGUUUUGGGUUGAAUUGAAUUGCUUGGCUUUUCAUUGUCUAGCACGGUAAGCCAGGCUUCAUGGCGGAGACUCUCUUGUCUCUGCGCCUUGUGCAAGUGGCCUGCUUGCGCCCUCUCUCUUUAGUCUUCUCUUCAUGCCGUGUUUCUGGAGGUCCUCUUCAGGCUCUUCAAGGGCCUCGCCUCAUUGUUUCCCCCGCGAUAUCUUCCUCUUAUCGCCUGCAGCCUCUGCGAGCAGCUGCCAAUAAUGACCAACGUACUAGCCGAGCGGAACCUUACUUGAUUGCGAAGCUUGACUCAGCAGAGCGAACUUACAAGGAGCUAUCGAUGAGAUUGGCAGAUCCUGAUGUAGCAAACAACAAUAACGAGUACCAAAAGAUUGCGAAAUCGUUGGCGGAAUUGGAAGAAAUUUAUCAGACCUACCAGAGAUUUAAGGAGUGCGAAGCGCAACUAGAUGAUGCUAAAGAGAUGGCGAAAGACGCAGCAGGAGAUAGAGAAAUGGCAGAGAUGGCAGCCGAAGAAGCUAACAUACUUGCACAACAAGUAGAAGAGCUCGAGGAACAAUUAAAGGUCAUGCUGUUGCCAAGUGAUCCUUUAGACUCCAGAAAUAUUAUGCUUGAAGUGAGGGCCGGUACUGGAGGCGACGAGGCAGGAAUUUGGGCAGGGGACCUUGUUCGGAUGUAUCAAAAGUUUUCAGAAAGGAACAAUUGGAGAUGCUCCCCUGUUUCUUGUACUGAGGCAGAAAAAGGUGGCUACAAGGAGUUUGUUUUGGAGAUCACAGGGGAACGCGUGUAUAGUAAACUUAAAUAUGAAUCAGGUGUGCACCGGGUGCAGCGAGUGCCAGCCACAGAAAGUCAAGGCCGAGUUCACACCUCUACCGCUACGGUUGCAAUCAUGCCUGAGGUUGAUGAAGUCGAGGUCGUGAUCGAUCCAAAGGAUAUAGAACUCACGACCGCUAGAUCUGGUGGUGCUGGAGGUCAGAAUGUAAACAAGGUAGAAACAGCGAUAGAUCUGUUCCACAAGCCUACUGGAAUUAGGAUAUUUUGUACCGAGGAACGCUCUCAAUUAAAGAAUAAAAUCCGAGCAUUCCAACUCCUUCGGGCUAAAUUGUAUGAGAUCAAACUUAGAGAACAGCAAGAGACCAUCAGGAACGCCCGUCAAUCUCAGGUGGGGACAGGAGCUCGCUCUGAGAAGAUUCGAACUUAUAAUUACAAGGAUAAUCGGGUUUCUGAUCAUCGGACAAAAAUAAACUUUGACCUAACUACUGUUCUUAAUGGGGAAUUAGAAGGUCCUGUUCAGUCAUGUGCUGCUUUAGAACAGAAGGAGAUGUUGGAAGAACUUGCUGCAUCCAUGAACCAGUCAAUGGUUUAGACCGGUAUGUAGUGGUGGAUGCCAAAUCAACACGUACUUUUGCUUUAGUGACUAUUAUGACGAAGGGUAUUUUCCUCAUUCUUGAUUUCUUCAUCAACUUUCUUCCCAAUUAAUGAGAAUUCUUUGAAUUUUUGUACUGGCUCAUUGUCUUGUACACAAGAUAAUCAAGUAAUUGGCUUUAGCAAGUUGAUUUUACUCA